UUCAGAAAGACAGUUUGGUGAUUGGAUAGUUAUCCAAUCAAUCAGCUCUAGGGGCGGGAUUUAUCUGAAUACAGGUGGGUUAGAAAUAACGCCCGUUUUGUCGGUGUUUAGCUGGAAAGCAAGUGGACACAAUUUGUAUUGGAGAUGAGUUUUGAGUGGCCCUGGCAGUACAAUUUCCCCCCGUUUUUCACAUUACAGCCCAAUGCUGACACGAGGCAGAAGCAGCUGGCGGCCUGGUGCUCACUGGCACUGUCUUACUGCCGCCACCGGAAGCUCUACACUGUGGACGUGCUGGAGGCGCAGGAGAACCCCAUGUUCAACAACAAGAAGAUUGAGAGAAAACUUUCUGUUGAGGCCAUACAAGUCGUCUUCGAGGAACUGAGGAAAAAAGGGAACCUGGAAUGGAUGGACAAAAACAAAACACGCUGUUUAAUCAUGUGGCGAAGACCUGAAGAAUGGGGCAAGCUGAUUUAUCAAUGGGUGUCUAAAAAUGGCAUGGUCAACACAGUGUUUACACUUUAUGAGCUUUCAAAUGGUGAUGACACAGAAAGCGAAGAGUUCCAUGGGCUGGAGGAGUGGAUGCUGCUGCGUGCACUACAGGCCCUGCAGGCUGAUGGCAAAGCAGAGAUCAUCACAAUGGAUGAUGGAAAAGGAGUCAAAUUCUUCUAAUUUAAGAAAUCACGUUUUUUUUCCGGACAGUGUCGAGAUGUUUUAAGCCCAGUCUGAUCUUUUUUUGAUCUGUUGGGCUCAGCGCUCUGGUGGAUGGGCUUUAGAGUUUGGAUUUCCUGACACAGAUUAAGUAGGAUUUUCAAAUAUAGAAUACUGUAAAAGUCUUAAACUGUGAAUGGAAAACCAGCCCAAAGCAUCAUAGCACUCCAUUACUUAAUUGUUGCAUUGAAAGUCAUUAUUGUGUAGAUAAAUAAGUAUGUUAAUAAUUUCCUUGUUGGAACUAUUCUGAAUUGGUGAUUUUACACCUGGCAAACUGGAGAUGACUUACAAACCUGUUCAGUCAGUUUGACAUAGGAUUUCACUCGCGAUGCAAACGGCUGAAAGUUCAGUUAACUGCUAUGGCAUAUCAGAAAAAUAUAUCUAUUAACGAGUCAAAUUGUCAGUUUGACUUUUGUCUUUUAGCGCUGUAAAUUCUGGCAGACUCUCAUUCUACUUGAAUAUCUCCUGUGUGUGCUACCACAAAACCCAAAAUUCUUACUGGGAGUCACCUGAUGCUUCCUUUCCAAGAUACAGACCAAUUGUCCUUAUGCCAGUUCUGGCAGUUUGGUUGCUGAAACUUUCCAGUAGCAUUAUUCUUCUUGUCUGUGUCUGUCUCCAACCACCUUUUAUACCAUGAUAAUACUGUACAAAUAAAUAAGAGUGGUUUACUUUU